AUGGCGUCGACGACUGAAUUAGAUGCAGAAACUCUUCAAAAGAAACUGCGCUCCGCCCUGUGGUUCCAGGUCGGCAAGAUAGUCGACGAAGAGAGUAUCAACCUCGGUGUGAAUGCCACGCCGCAGUUCAUUGGAAGCCUGAUGGAGUUGGUCUGGGCACAAAUUGGGAACAUUGCCGUUGACCUCGAGUCGUUCGCCAAACAUGCCGGGAGGACCACCAUCAAGACCGACGAUGUCAUGUUAUUGACCAGAAGAAACGAAGGCUUGGAGACGAUACUGAGAGAAGAAUUGAAAAAGUUGGAACACAGAAAAGAUUCCCACAAGGAAAAGUGA